AUGGUCUAUCAAAAACAAGAACCAAAAAAAAAGAAGGCAAUUAAGCCAUAUCAUAGAAUUAAAGCACAUGCAAAUCCAGCAUCAGAUUAUAACUUUUAUUAUCCAACUGGACCAGAAUCAUAUGAUUGGACAAAGAAUUAUCCACAACAAGCAAUGAAUGAAAAAAAAGUUGAAAUUGCAGAUGUUGGAUGCGGAUAUGGUGGAUUAUUAAUUAGUUUAUCAUCAUUAUUUCCAGAAAGAUUAAGUGUUGGUAUGGAACUUAGAGACAAGGUUGUACAAUAUGUUGAGGAACGUAUUGAUAAAUUACGUGAGAAACAUGUUGGUCAAUUUCAAAAUAUCAGUGUCAUUAGAACCAAUGCAAUGAAAUAUUUACCAAACUAUUUUGAAAAAGGUCAAUUACAAAAGAUAUUUUUCCUUUUUCCAGACCCACAUUUUAAAAAAGCAACACAUAAACGUCGUAUCAUUUCACCAACAUUACUCUCUGAAUAUGCAUACAUUUUGGCACCAGGUGCCUAUGCAUACUUUAUUAGUGACGUUGAAGAACUUUAUCUCUGGAUGUUUGAACAUUUCAAAAAUCAUCCACUCUUUGAACAAGUUGAAAGAGAUAUCGCUGAAAAUGAUUCUUGUAUUCCUUUAAUUGUAAAUUCAACUGAAGAAGGUAGAAAAGUCAAUCGUAUCGAUGGUAAAAAAUGGUUUGCCGUUUUUAGACGUAUAACCGAUCCUUCAAAAAAAGAUUUAACUUUUAAAAAUUAUACUUUAACUUCACCAAAAGAAAUUGAUUCAACUACAACAACUACAACUUCAACUGCCACUAUUACUGAAGUAGAAUCAAAAUAA